AUGAAUAUAAACAGACCUGUGACACGCUCUUCCAGUCUGAACAAGUUGAGUACUCUCGCUCUCAAGAAUAACAUCAACAAACGUAGUCGAAGGGAAAUCGACGAAAUGGGCGAUGACGUCUCUUCGCUUGGCGAUCUGUGGGCCAAAAUUCAAGGGUUGUUCGAGGAUACCAACUCACGCAUCGAUUCCUGCAAGUCGGACCUGGAAAUCCGUAUCACCAGCGUGGAAGCUAAGUUGUUGGAGCUAAAAACUGACUGCAGUGUCAGCGUAAAACAAGUUUCCGAACGGCUCGACGAAACCCGCAAUGAUCUGUAUGCUGUGUCAAAUCAACUGGACCGCCUGGAACGUGCCCAUGACCUGAUCCUCAACGGUGUCCCAUUCAGCCAGAACGAAGAUCUGCAGGUGCUGUUUCGAAUGAUUGCUGCCAAACUUGCGUACAACCCCGCAAACACGCCUAUUGUGAGCCUCAAACGCCUGUCCAAACAAGCCAUAACCGUUGGAACUUCCCCGCCGAUCUUGUGCCAGUUUGCUAUCAGGAACGAGAGGAUCGAGCUGUAUGGCCGCUACCUACGAAGUCGGAACCUGACACUGCGAGACGCCCGUGAAGUACGCUCUGAAGCCCUCAAGUUGAAGAAGCAAGGACAUCUUCAUCAGGUCUACUCCCGUGAUGGCAUCGUUUGCGUCCGUUCUGCUGCUGGUGCCGAUCCUGUUGGCGUAUUUUCGACGGGGCAAUUGUUGGCGAGCUGCAAGAAACCCCUUUCCUAAAAGUUUUUCUCCUUCCUUCCCAGUUUUUCCCUUGAUUCCCAUCCACAGCUAUCCAUGAUUCCUUCCCCUCCUGAAAGUCAAAAACCCUAAAAUUAACAAUCUUCCUUUUCCUUCAAGUUAUUCUUUCUCGUAAGCCCCCAUCCUUUGACUCCAUUCCCUGAGUUAUCCUGUGAUUCCCUUUUCCGUCCUGAAAGUUAUUGCUGUUGUUGGGUGCCGUUGGAGUUGCUGCUGCUGAUCUGGGUGCUGUUAUGGGUGCUGCGCUGUUGCUGCUGCCCCUUGGAGACGAGCCUGGUUUCACCUGAACCGCGUUGGUGCCGCUGCUGAUGAAGUCUGAAGGUGAUGGUGUACUGAUAAUAUUUUUUGUAUUUUUAAACAUUUCUUUGACCGUUAACAUCGAUUUGCUGAUUUACUUUUGUACUGGGUGAACUGCGACGAUUGUAGGAGUUUGAUUUGGAAUCUUAUAGAAUGUUAAGUAGAUUUAAGUGUUGCCUCUCAUCCCUAGAUAUUAGUUUAAAUGAAUUGGGUCCUAUAGUAUGCUCUGUCUUGAAACUACCUCCACUUAUUUUUGAUUAUGGAUAAUUCCCGAAUUAGAAGUGUCUCUGCAAACAUUCCCCGUAUUGUUUUAAAUGCUAUGUUGAAUCAAGAUCAUCUAAACAUUUGUCACAUUAACGUUCAAAGCAUUUGUGCUAGGAAUUUCUCAAAAUUUUAUGAACUUAAAUCGGUCUUAUUAAACAGUAAACUCGA